CCCCCGAGCGCUCCUCCAGCAUGGACAAGCUCCACGAGACACUGAUAAACAUGGAAGAUGCCCUGGGUUCGGAGCACCCCGCCUGCUUGUCAGCCUGGGACUGGAAAAGCUCCGCUGGGCCUUUUGAGCUGCACCCCGUCUCGCCCCCGCACAGCCUGUCCCCGACGCCCUCCUUCGAAUCCUACUCCUCGUCCCCGUGCCCGGCGGCGGCCGAGACGCCCUACAGCAGCGGCGGCAGCGGCCUGGUGGGAUACGGCCUGGUGGAGUUCCCCGCCGCCUACCUGCCCAGCCCCGGGCAGGCCCGGCUGCCCAAGGGCACCAAGGUGCGGAUGUCGGCGCAGCGCCGGAGGAAGGCGAGCGAGCGGGAGAAGCUGCGCAUGAGGACCUUGGCCGACGCGCUGCACACGCUGCGCAAUUACCUGCCCCCCGUCUACAGCCAGCGGGGCCAGCCCCUCACCAAAAUACAGACCCUGAAGUACACCAUCAAGUACAUCGGCGAACUCACCGAGCUCCUCAACAGCGUCAAGCGGGCCUAGAGCCCUGCCCCGGCACGCUCAGGGUCUUUACAAACAAAAACCAUCGAAAUCCCUUCCUGCUCACAGGACGGUGGGGCCCGGUGUGAGAGCAGGACGGCGCGAGGGAAGGGGAGCCGCCUCCGUACCCGGACGCAGUGCUGAAAGGUGAUGUAGGAUUGCCGGAAAACCCGAGCUGCAGAUGCAAAGAAGAAACCAAGAAAUUUUUUGUCCAUUAAAAAAUCAAAACAAAAGACACAGAGGAAAAUCUGACAGAGGAGCCCUUAAGCAUCUCGUUCUCUACUAAUCCUCAGUGUGGAUGCUCAGCUAAGCAGUCACUGAUGUUACCUGUGAGUGAUUUGACCCACCUAGGGAAGGCAACUUGACAUUGCAGAGCCACAACACUCCUGCAAGAAUCACAGUUUACAGCCUUCCUGUCAACAGCCACUACAGGAUCAAGGAUGUUCAUCCCAUCUUACUCCAAAAAAACACACAUUCUUUUAUUGACAUUAAGCUCUCCCAGUCCUUUGUUCAUACAGAAGCUUAUAAAAAAAGCUUGAAGUGAUCUACAAUUAAGUUCACACUUGUUGCCAUCUUCCUCCCCUACUCCAAAACAGAUGCUUCCAACUGCAAAGCAACACAAGGUUCAGACGUGUUAGCUAAGCAGACUAGGUCAGAUGAACACACAAAAGACAGAGUUUAAUGCUGUAGAGGAACAGAGAAGAAUAAUACAAUAAUUUAACUUAGAGUUAGACCCAAUAUUUAUUAACUGACCCUUUUCUCCAUAGACUCUGAUAAUCUAUUUUCCCAGUAGAUACCACAGAAACAAUUUUACUUGUGAAUCUGGGCAGCAGGCUGUGCUUGCUUAGGCCAUCUAACUGCAACUUCAUAAAAUUAAGUAGUUCUUGUUUAGUCUGUGAGAAGUUGGUGCAUUCACCUGCAGGGAGGAGAGACAUAGACACAAAUUUGUUACCUUGCAGCAGCAGAACACUUGGUGUUCCAGUAGUGUAAUUUAAGACUGACACCAACCUCUUCUUAUUGCUUCCUAACAAGCACUGGUCCAGAUGACACUUGCCCAUGUGGAUGUGCACUGUGGGCUGUAAGACAUUUCAGCUUUUAAUUCCGUGUACAGCAUAAUCUAGGACUAGAAGUCUGCAACCUGGCACCAUUAGUGAGAGCAGAUGCCUAAUUGCUGAGCAAAACCACAGGAGAGACUUGAGACACGCCUGUUUUCUUACCAAAUCUGUGUUUUCCAGGAUUGCAUCUCCUUGGACAAAAGAGGUCUAAAGGCUGUUGCUUAGUAUUGCAGAUCACCACACUGCAGUGGAAAUACAACUACAAGACAAGAAUAUUUAGAUUAUUUAGGGAAGUCUUAUUUGGAAUCCAAUGUGUACCAAUCCCAAAGGAUACAAGGUUGUGUCAGGGUGGGAGGUGGCCUCUGCUCCCAGGCAACUAGUGACAGGACAAAGGGGAAAUGGCCUCAAAUUGCACUAGGAGCAGUUAGGUAUUAGGUUGGGUAUUAGGUAAAAGUUUUUCACUGAAAAAGUGACAAAGCAUUGGAACAGCCUCCCAAGAAAAGUGGUGGAGUCACUAUACCUGGAAGUGCUCAAAAAAUGUGGCACUUCACAAUAUUAUUUAGUGGGCAUGAUGGUCAAAGAUUGGUCUUGAGAAUCUUGGAGGUCUGUUCCAACCUGAAUGAGUCUAUAAUCUUGCUUUGUGAACUGAACAGAAGUGGAUGGCCUUUAUUCACCCCUCCCAGGGUGUUAUGCCUUCAAGGAGGUGUCCAGCAGCCCCAGGCAGUGCUGUCCAGCUGAGCCCUUACACAGCACUGGCUGCAUGCAUCACCCUGGGCUCACCUGUCAGGACUGCCAACAGCUCACGACAGAACAGAGACAUCUGACCUGCUCUUGCAACAGAGACGUGUCCUGGACAAAGGUGGACAUCCUCACUUCAAAUCUCUUGAGGUGCUGGGGAAAUUUUACUCUGAGGCUGUAAUUAACUUUGUGGAAGACAGUUCUGUAGGAGUCUUGGUUGUUUUCACACCUGUUUGGGAAGUAAAUGAGAGGAAAUGUAUUUGAUCUAAACCUUCAAGCAGAUAUUCAAACACAGCAAAGAGAUGAAAUACAGCAGAGCUUCCCUCUCCAAUUUCCUUGGGCCAUAGGGGAAUGAAUAGGAUCUCCCCAGUUCAUGAUCCCUGCUUUUGGCCACAUUCAGGGUUGCUUCUUGCCAUUUCUUUCCAGCCAGAAGCACUUUUGGCCACUCACACGACCUGCUGGCCCCAGAAGGCACAGCCACUGUGCUGACACCAGCACAUGCCCCACAGAUCAGCAGCAAUUGCCUCCAGAGUAACCUCUGCCACUUCCACCUCUACCUCUUCCCCUUUCCUCCCACCUGAGGUAGAGCACCUUGUGCUGAGCAGUUACCAAACAGAGGAGGGAAGCCUUCCUCACCCUUUUAUAACGAUGUGCCACUGGGGGAGGCUGUCCUGGCUUUGGGAGUUGGUUGCCCAACAAUCAUCCAGGUUUAGGUCCAGUCUUGCAUCUUUAGGCUGGAGCAGUUCAACUUCAAAAUACAGAGCCUCCCUCAGGUAUUUUACUACAGGGUAUUCUGAUUCCUGGUAGGGCUCUGAAUAGGAUUUCUCUGUAAGAGAGUAUUGAUUAGGAGCUUCCUUUUUAUGAAGGAAAUAUUUACAAACUUUCCACUUCACUCUUUUUUCCUCUACCAUUUACUCUGGUACAGUAAUACAGUAAAAACCUGGGACAGCAUACAAAUGUCAAGAAUUGGGUAUAGAAUGACAAGAAAGCAAGAUCAGCAAUGAAAGUAAAAAUCUCAAACGUAUUCCCUGGCUCUGAGGAUCCAGAAAUGAAACACUCCUUCUGCAAAAAGCCAUUAAGAUUUUUAUUCAAAAUUGUCUCAAAGUUUGAGAGACAAUGGAGAAGGGAAAAUGAAUUUAAAAAAAAUCAUAAUGGCCAUUCCAGUCAUCGUAUUAGGGUUAACUGAAGCCUGAACCAUUCUGUUGGCAUAGGUGCCACUUUAAAGCAGUAUCUUGGACACAGGUUACAACCAUUGCAGUGAGUUGCUGAACCUGCUUAGCAACACUUGAGGAGUUCAUAGGACAGAGAAGCUGUCCUAUUCACUACACAAAACUUGCAUCAUGCCCAGACGAGGCAGGAAAAUCAUACAUGUGUCAGUGAUGCUAAGUCUGUUCCACUACUGACAUUUGACAAUUUAUGUUGCAUUUUGGAAGAGAAACGUCCUGUUAGAGGCCUUAAAAAUUUUCCACUUCAUCCUUUGGUAUACUUAAAAGUCAUCUAAAGAUGGUGCUGGGGAAUAUUUUCUACACUGCCCUGCUUGAGUAGAGUGGAUGAGUAAGAUCCCUUCCAGCCUCAGCCAUUCAGUGAUUUUAUAGAAUCUAAUCAUAGAUGUUACCUUUGAAAAGCUUCAGUGAAAGAGCCAGGCAGCCAGACCGUGGCUUAAUACUGGGUGGUGGGUUCUUCAAAGAUUCAUAUUGAUCAUCAGCAGUCUGCUUGACUGCAUACAAGCAGAGAAAUUUCAGUCUGAAAGAAAAGAUUUAGCGUUAGACUUUUUACAGCCAAAAUAACACGUACAACCUUUGGUUAGGGAAUGACACUUACUGGUAUAUGGGAAUAUCACUGCCAGGUCUGAAAUAGAGUACCUCGUUCUCAUAUGUCCUAGUUGUGCUGUUGAACUGAAGGAUGUACAUCAUUACAAACAGGACAGUCACAUUAGAGUCUGAUUGGUGUUUGGCAAAAUAUAAACAUCCCUCUGCUUGACUGCCAGGUUGCACUGAGCAGAGUGUGCUUAGAAAUAGGCAGGAAUUACCAACCAACAGCCCAAGGGCCACUGAACUAAUGUUGACCACAGGUGACAGCUAUGCCAUAGUCAAGAAGAAAGUUUAUUAGCUUGAAUAUGACAGAACACCUUAGAAAGGGAGUGCAUGGGUCCUGAGAAAAAGAACAGCUGAGCUUAUUUACUGAAUCAGUGAGUAGAAUGAAAUGCAACAAUGCAGAAACAAGCUGCAUUUAUGAUGAUCUGAAUUUAGGCACAUUCUGAUUAUUUGUUAUUUUGUUUGUUUUCUAUUUGUACAGUAUUUGGUGGUAGGAAUAGCACCCACUCUAGUCUUUGGCCAUCUAGUCAUCAGCAAUACCCAAAGAGCUUCUGCAAGGCAUACAAGUAUAUCUGGCCAGCAUAAACUCCCAUUCAAGCCCACCAUGAAACAAUUCAGAGCUGUCAAACUGAAGGCAAGUUUCAGAAAGCACCUCUGACCUGGAAAAAAAAACAUUUUUACUCAAUAAGAAAUUCUGCUCAACUGAAUUUAGUAAGGUCAGAAAGAGUAUAGAUGUACUACUGUGCUGGUUUCAGCUGUGACUUCCAUGCAGCUUGAGCUCACCUCUGAACUUCUGCCAGGUCUAGCAAUAACCCUACCCCAGUGCAGAGUAAACUUGAUGUGACUAAGUCCUUACCUUUCUAC